AUGAACAACUCUUCUGAUCCUCGUCGUCCCGAUAAGGAAGUUCGAUACAAGCCGAUAGUAUCAAAUAGCCAGGCUCAGCCAGGAGAUGAUUUGACGCCAGAUUAUAUGAACAUUUUAGGAAUGAUAUUCAGUAUGUGUGGCUUGAUGAUGCGACUUAAAUGGUGCGCCUGGGUCGCUCUUUACUGUUCAUGCAUCAGUUUCGCCAAUUCCAGAGCGAGCGACGAUACCAAACAAAUUCUAAGUAGUUUUAUGCUCUCUAUUUCGGCUGUUGUUAUGUCCUAUCUUCAAAACCCACAACCAAUGAGUCCACCCUGGGCAUCUGCGAUGCAGUAG